UAUAUAUCAAUUUCUGGUACAUUACCACACGUAAAAAUGAUAGACGGAGGUGAUAUAUACAAGGUGGUGACGGCCAUGGCACCACUUUACGUAGCAUUAGGUUUAGGCUACGGGUCCGUGAAGUGGUGGCACAUGUUUAAACUUGAUCAAUGUGAUGCCAUAAACAGAUUCAAUUGUUACUUUAUCAUCCCAUUUUUUACCUUCGAGUUCACAGCUCAUGUUAAUCCUUACACCAUGAAUCGUGGCUUCCUCAUAGCAGAUGUAAUCGCGAAAUUUAUCGUUGGAAUAGUUUUGGCCUUCUGGGUGAAUUUAAGUAAAAAAGCAAGCUUCGAUUGGUGUAUCACCACCUUUUCUUUAGCCAGUUUGAACAACACUCUUGUUCUUGGUGCCCCAUUGUUGAAAGCCAUGUACGGAGACUUGGGAGAAAAUCUUGUUGUUCAGUCAUCCGUUCUUCAAUCUCUUCUGUGGUUCAUUGCUUUGCUUAUUCUGUUGGAAUGGAGACAGGCAAGGUCCGAAGCUGUUGAUGCAAGGUCCAUGAAUGGAGAUUCACAUGCUGAAAUCGAGAUGGGAAGAGACUUGGAAGAAAGUUCCAGCGCACCAGCGGCGAUCCAGUCACCUUCUUUUCUGUCCGUACUGAACACUGUUCGGACUAAACUUGCCAAAAAUCCUAACUCUUAUGCCUGCAUUAUCGGCCUCAUCUGGGCUCUUGUUUCCAACAGGUGGCAUAUUAAGAUGCCGGAAAUAGUUGAAGGAUCAAUUUUGAUCAUGUCAAAAGCUGGGGCUGGUGUGGCUAUGUUUACCAUGGGGCUUUUCAUCGCAUGGCAAGAAAAAUUUAUAGCUUGUGGUGUGGGUUUAACUUUUUAUGGGAUGGUUUUAAGGUUUGUAGUUGGACCAGCACUUACCGCUGCUGGCUCUUUUGCCAUGGGUUUGCGUGGUGAUGUGCUACGCAUUGCAGUGAUCCAGGCUGCAUUGCCACAAUCGAUAACCUCAUUUGUUUAUGCCCAAGAAUAUGGAUUGCAUGCCAACCUACUUAGCACAGCGGUAAUAUUUGGAACAAUUGUAUCGCUUCCUUUGCUGAUAGGAUACUAUGCGGUUCUGGAUAUCUUACGUUAACACCUCUUCCAUGAAGGCCAAUCAAAGAUGCAGGGGAAAAGAAUCCAAAUAAAACCUUUUCUCGUGUGACGGCCUGAGUUCUGUUGCUGUUAUAUAAUGUUGUCUAUAGAUAUAUAUAUAUAUAUAUAUAUUUCUGAAGCAUAAGAGAACAAAAAUUUGCAUAUUCUAUUAGCCCUGAGACUUAGCCAAUUCGGGGUUUAUUUGGACUCCUCCAAUUUAGAAAUCGUGUAGAAUUGAAAAUUCUUCCAUUUUCUUGUGUCACUGAAAUGUUGUUUAC